CUUCAAAGUGGGUCUCCGGUUUCGCGAGGCUGACGGGAACUACAUGAACUUCGUUUACUUCUGGAAAUCAAUGCAGGGAACGUUUCUCUUAGUUGGAUCAUACAAAUCUGUUCAAAUUGAUCAUCUGCUAUGGACUUGAGUGAUUCAUCUCCAACCCCCCCUCCGCCACCCCUGGAAAAUGGAGAACCUAUUUUCUCCAUCACCCCUCCUGACUCCAGUGCAGUGCCGUCCCAGGACGACUCAGCCAUGUCCUCCAGUUCCUCAAAGCCCACAGCUUCCUCUGCUGCCUCUUUGGCACCUGAUCCAAAGUCAGCCUCUGGCACAGCACAAAAGCCCUCUUUACCUCGAGCGAAGAGUUUUCAACUGCUGGCCAAAAGAGUGAUCAUGCAAGAGAAGAUGAGGAAGGCCGCAGAGACAGACUCUUUUGAAGAAGAGGAGGAAGAGGAGGACUUGCCCUUUGAAGAGCUGGAAGAAAAGGCCAAGGGUGGAGAUGCAAAGUAUCAGAGCCAACUGGGCAAAUACUACCUGAAACUGGCCGAGGACAAAAACAAAGAGGAGAAUGAACAGCUGGCUGUGGAGUGGUUUGUGCAGGCGGCAAAACUGGGCCGCAAGGACGCGGCUAGGAUGCUACAGCGCUGCUGGAUUCAGAGGAGAGGCAUCACUCCAAAGAAUGAGGCGGAGGUACGCAAGCUCUCGACGGAGAGCAAGUUUGAGCAGGCCGUGAGGAGGGCGGCCAAGAUGAUGUUCCAGAAGCUCAAUCCGGACGGGAAGAAGACUGUGGCUAUGUCAGAAAUGCUCCAGAAUGUCGACCAGGUCAAUGCAGUGCCAGGAACCGCGGCCACCUCCGCUGACACACAAAGGAGACUUCUGGAGAACAUGGUGGCCGAUGAAUCUGGACAAGUUGACCUAGACCAUUUUGUGGAAAUCACCAAGAAAUUCACUGAGGGCAUGGCACCGGUCACCAUUCAGGAUAAAGGAAUGAAUGAUGCCCAGGAGACAGAGUCUAGUGAAAAAGACGUAGGUCAAAAGGAAUCCAGUGAGAUGGUCCCCUCGCACCGCAAGUUGAAAAGGCACAGCUGGGGCACUGGGGCACUGCUGGGCAGCAGACGCAGGUUCGCCAUGAAGAGAGCCAUCGAUAUCAAAGCUCACUUUCUGGGCCUUCAGUACCCUCUGAACAUCAUCCUGUCCAUGAAGGACCAGCUGAUCGAUUGGGCCUCCCGAGCCGGCAGCCAGUGGCUGAGCACGGUCAUCCCCACGCACCACGUCAACGCCCUCAUCUUCUUCUUCAUCAUCAGCAACCUCACCAUCGACCUGUUCGCCUUCGCCAUCCCCCUCUUCAUCUUCUACCUCUCUUUCAUAGCCAUGGUGAUCUGCACGCUCCGCAUCUUCCAGAGCAGCAAGGGCUGGGAGAACUUCAGCGCCAUCACGGCGCUGCUGACGCGCUUCGAGCCCACUCUGGACGUGGAGCAGGCCGAGACCAACUUCGGCUGGAACAACCUGGAGCAGUACUUCUACUUCAUGACCUCGGUCAUCUUCGUCAUCUUCACCUUCCCGGUGGCGGACAAGGGCUGGAUCCCGUGCUCGGAACUGUCCACGGUGGCCAUCUUCUUCACGGCCCUCAGCUACAUGAGCCUGAGCCCCACGGCAGCCACCUACGCGCGCAAGGCCAUCUUCAUUGAGGUGGCGUCGUCCGCCUGCAUCAUGACCAGCCGUCUGCCCGAGACCAUGGUCGUGGUGCGCAUGCUGGGCAAGACCUUCACCACCGUGCCCCUGGGCCAUUCAGUCGUGCUCAAGCUCAGCUUGCCCUGUCUACUCUACCUCUACCUCUUCUACCUGUUCUUCAGGAUGGCGAGGAUGCGUGGCUUCAGUGGCACCUACUGCUUCCUGGUGCCCUACCUGGUGUGCUUCAUGUGGUGGGAGUUCUCCGUGGUGCUGCUGCAGCACUCCACCCCCGUGGGCCUCAUGCGCACCUGCGUGGCCUACUUCCUGCUUCUCUUCGCCCUGCCCGUGCUGGCCGUCGGCCUGGCCGUCAUGCUCUUCAUCCAGAUGGUCAAGUGGUUCCUGGAGCUGGAGCUGACCAAGAUGCUGGUGACCCUGGCGGUGUGCGCCGUGCCGGUCACCCUGCGCCUGUGGACGCGCUUCAGCCUGUCCAUCCUGGACGUCUUCCACUCCAUCUUCCACCGCGGGCCCGUCAAGCUCAUCCUGAUCUGCAUCAGCACCGUCAUCCUCCUCUGCGGGGUCUACCUGUACAACGUGGAGGGGCUCAAGGUGUACAACUCCACCAUGACCUGGCGGCAGUACAGCAAGUACUGCGGCCCGCCGGCGUGGCAGGCCCGGGGCAUGGCGCAGACGCAGAUCUGGUGCACCCACCUGGAGGGCCACCGGGUCACCUGGACGGGCCGCUUCCGCCACGUGCGCGUGGCCGAGACGGAGAACGGGGCCCAGUCGGUCAUCAACCUGCUGCCGGUGUUCAUGGCCGACUGGAUGCGCUGCCUGUACGGACAGACCUACCCCAAGUGCGACGCGGUCAACGCGACCGCCUCCGGAGUGAACGGGUCAGCGGCGGCGGUGCCUGGCUCUGCCCAGCACGUUCUGCUCCAGCGGCAGCAGGAGGAGGAGGAGAUGUGCCAGAUCAAGGCUCUGGCCAAUCACCAGUGCCACGUCAAGCGCUUCGACAGCUACCGCUUCGAGGCCACCGUGGGGAUGCCUUUUGACGGCACCGGGCCUCCCAUCGAUGACCCGAGCUAUGACAUUCUCCUGAAGGCCAGCCACGAGUUCCAACAGGUCCUGCUGAACCUGGACCCGGGGAGCAUGGUGGAGUUUAGCACCAAGCUGGAGGGGCGCCUGGGGGCCAAGCUCCCCGCGUUCGAGCUCAAAGCCAUCCACUGCCUGGACUGCAAGUCCUCCCUCAUGCCCGAGGGUCGCCAGGUGAAGAUCGAGCGCAACUUGCGACAGAGUGUGAUGCGCUCCAUUAAGUUCGCCUUCGACUUCUUCUUCUCCCCGUUCCUCUAUGCCAGGAUCUGAUGGGCUGGCCACUCAGGACCAGAGAGGUAAAACUGGACAUACAGUAAAUGCCAAUAAUGAGUAUUUUAACGUGGGAGACAGGCAAUAACUAUAUUUAUAUUUAUAUUUAUAUCACUUAGCAAACGUUUCUUUCCAAAGGAAAUUGGAAUAAAAGAAAGGUACCUGUGCCUUAGUAGUUUUUGGAAAAAAGUCUGAGCUGCUUCUUGUCUAAGUGAAAAGUCAUUGGAUGACAUGAAGCAACACAUUCAUUGACAAAAUGCUCAUUGCCUUGAUCCUCAAGAUAAUGUCUUUUUCUUGGCAGUAAAAGAGAUUGUUCAACCUUUGGAGUCAACUUUUUGAAUCACUUUGCAGGGCCUGUUCCCCCAACUGUUGUCUUAAAAGUUUCAUUAAGGACUGUGCUGUUUGAAAUUCGGCUGUUCAAACAACACAUUGGACCUCUCCCAACCCACAUCUUCAUUCAUUGAAUUGCCCCCAUAUUUACAGCAUAGCUAACAUGCUAGUGGCUUAACUGAAGCUAACUGAAGCACACUGCUGUUUGUGAGCGGUGCCCUGUGAGUCACACCUGAUGCCACACAAAGCACAUAUGAAGUUGAUGGGCCUGUAAGCCUGUAGUUCCCACAGCAGUGCCUCUACUAUGCAGUAAAACUUUGAUUUCAUUGCAGGGGUGUGGCCCUAUGACAGAGAAUAAUUCUGGGCCCUUGGAUAAUCCCCCAGUAUCAGGGGGAUCUCUGGGGACCCCCUUCCAGUUCUGGGCCCUUAGAAUCAUCCAACCCCCCUCCCCCCUCUGUAACUACCUCUUGGAUGUUGAGAGGUUUAAAAUUAGCUUAAAAUCCUUGAUGAAAGUCCCUGUGUGGAAUCACGUUGGUCUGUAAGAGAUUUAAGCAGAACCUGUGAUGGUAUCUGAAACAUUUAUUGAGACUUUGUUUUCUCAGAGUAGAAAUUUCAAAGCAGUUUUUAAAGCAGACAUAUUGUGUCAAUUACUAUAGGCAUUGGACAUGCUCUCCCCUUGGCAGGAAUCAUUCACUGUUAGAGCUAAGCUAACACUUAUUAAAACUUCCAAAUAAGGUGGUGGUCCCCACUAAACCAACCCCUAACCUUAACCCCCAGUCCACCACAUGCACACAUACCUCCAAAUAUCUGAUUGAAUCCCAUGUUGGUACUUCUGACUAGUGAUAACAAGUACUAUGUCGAUUGUUCUUAUCCAAGAUUUAAUGGCAAGGACAGCAUUUUAACAAUUGUUUGGGGCUAAAUGAAACUAUAGUUGUUUGUUAUCCACAAUAUCAGAAUAUGUAUUAGUUGUUUGAGUUUACGGAGCAUGAAUGUGCUUAUGCAUCAAAGUUCAAUAUUUAAUGUUGUUGUUUUUCACCUCCAGAUUGUUUACUAUUAAUAUUGCUAAACGUAAUGUUCUAGAUUUUUACCUCAAUAAUGUAUUUUAAUGAUUUGAUUACCAAAUUGAGUAAUUUAAUGGCUGUAUUAGAUUGGUCACUUAAAUUAAACAAAGCUACUAACUGGAAGGUUUUUUGGGGGGAGAUCGAUAAUAUCCCAAACUUUGAAUCAAUAUAUCCAGGAGGUGUUUCCCAUGGCAUGUCACUUUAUUAGCCUGACUUUGUUUUAACAUUCGUUAAAACGUGUGAUGAUUGGUAGAUAUUGAUUGCAAUUGAUAUUUAAGCGCGGCAUCCAAUCAAGUGACAGCCUAUGAUGCAAUGUGUUGACUGGCUGAACUGGCACAAGCAAUGGUUUCCCAUUUACAGAGCCAGCACUGUGUACAUGUAUAUGGUAACACCAGAGUUGUUGUUAGCACACACUGAGAAUGGAUAGCUAAAGGACCAUGCUGAUGGCCAUACCAUAAUGAACACACCUGAUCUGAUCUGGGACAUAUAACAGUGUUGGGCCAUGAAGAGCCAUUUGCUGAAUUUGACAAAUAUUGUGCCCUUUGUUAUUAAGCUGCGAUUUUCACACACAUUAUUAAUUAUGACUUAGGUUCUUAAUAUAUAUGCAGGUAUCCCAGUUUUUUACAUUUGCAGUCACAGUCUUAGAUGCAUUCAUUUUUAACUGUGAGUCAGGGGUAUUGGCACAAAUGUGAACGCUGUGAACACUGUUAUGGGACGAAUAAGAGGAACAGAACAGGCCUCUUGCACACUAAAGCCAAAGUCAUCACACUUCGGAGUGCCUAAUGUGUCUGCCCUGGAGCUGUUCUUGAUCAUGUUGAGGACUUGGAUCUCCAAGUUUGUCAUGUGUACUUUUGAGAGAGAUAAAAAUGGGAACGAUUAAACAUUUCAGUUGGCAUAAAUGUG